AUGACCGGUUUCUGCACAAUGAUAGUCUGUUUACUUGCGACGUUGAGUUUCACGAAAUCGAAAGAGAACAAUUUUACGGAUCUAUCAGACGUCUCUCUUCCCACGGAAUCUUCGAGCAUCAAUCAAAAGUUCCACGUAUCCGACGCUUCAGACGAUGAAAAUCGCGGCAAAAGAACUAAUUAUGGUGAAGCGAUCUCAACGUCCGCAGACCGAGCGAUAAAGAGCACGCCGAAAACGGAUUCUGCGAAAAUCGCUUUAGAAAAAUUUGAGUCAAGCAAAUUGCCGGGAGCAAACAUCCACGACGACGGGCGAUUUUUUAAAGAAAACGGAAUGGACUCGUCGAUAGGUAAACGUUUUAAGAUGGAAACACAUGAGAAUAAGUUUAAUAAGUUGAAGUGGAUUUUGACCAAAUCCAGCUCAUGGAAUAAUUCCGUCGUAACUGAACUUCCUAUUGAUUUUCAAGUGCCCAGUACGGAACUAGAAAACAACGUCAACGAAAACCCCGUUCUGCCAAAGUCGACGAAUGGUUCGUCGAAUGUCGCGAGCUUACAAAAGGGAAAAGCUACAAAUGAUGGUUCCACCACGCAUGGUAACAUUUUCGAGAGAGUUAAAUCCGCCAGGAGCAGUGUUAACGGAAAGUCAAAGUUUCUUAAACCCGACGUGAGUGCCGAAGUUACAAACCUAACUUUGACGUCGCCGUCCAACGAUAUCAUAUUCAGGACAUCCGAAGUUAGUGACAACGCGAUGUAUAACCAAAAGCUGUCCUCCGAAUUGCGUUCCACAAUUACAACGCCAAAGGAAAAGUUUCAGACAAUUCGUGACGGACUCGCUGCAUCGGUCCACUCCGGAACAACGCCUCAUAAUUCUUCGACGCCGUUUGGGCCGCGUCCCGUAAAAAUGACGCCAUCUUCGUCCACUCCCGGCGCGAACGUCGACACAAACUCCGGAUACGCGACGGGAAGCAGCGGCGACCUUCAAACUUCUCCUGGAAGUUAUAAAACUAGCGUCUCAGCAGCUAUUACUUCAUUCAAUAGCGGGAAAAUGCUCCAUCAUAACGAGAGCGCGAACAAAGAAAUUCCCUGGCCCGUAAAAAAAGAAGCUAUUGUGGAAGGCGAUUUAAUCAUAGGCGGAUUAAUGAUGGUGCACGAACGUGAAGACAGUAUAACCUGCGGUCCUGUAAUGCCGCAGGGUGGUAUCCAGGCUCUGGAAGCAAUGCUCCGUUGCUGUCAAACAUAA